UUCGAGAGUAUUGUAUUGAGGAGAUUAGCAUUGUCGUUUUAUUGUUUUUGAUAGGAUUUACGAGUCAUUCAAGCGCAAUGUUAUACAAUUCUUCAUUCACCUUUCGUCAUCAUUUAUUAAAUCCAAUGAACCCGUAUAACAACAGUCCAUUUUGAUACAACAUUUUUUUCUAUGGCCGGGGAACUUUUCCCCUCGGAGUGCUUUGUGACAGCACUGCAUUUGGCUUUCGGAUACGAGGAUAUCAGCCAAAAAAACGGCAGAGAGCAUGGAGGAGCCGAUGGAAGUGGAGACGACGUUCAGGGAAGAGGAGAGCGGCGAGGACGUCGGAGGGACUGCUGAUAGUGACGAGGGUGUCAUUGAGGAUGACAAUUUUGUUGUGGAGACUCGACAUGAGAAUAAAGGCGGUGCAUUCACCACUGGAAUUGAUAUUUUUGGGGAGGAGGAGCGGAGGAAGAUGCAGGAGAGGGCCAAGAGGUUUGGACUCAGCAAGAAUGACGGAGGGCUGGAGAAUGAGGAGGAGCUGUACUCCAGCAUGGGAGUCGACGAGGACAACGAAAACAGCAAGCACAUAAGACUCAACGUUCUACACAUGAGGGGAACCGAGGAGAUGAGCACCAAAGACGUCUUCAAGUACUUCGAGCACUACCCAGCAGCGGCGAUCGAGUGGAUCAACGAUGUUUCCUGUAACGUCGUGUGGCUGGACAAUGUUUCUGCAGCCAGAGCUCUCCUGGGUCUCUCCAAAAGAAUAAUCGGUCUUCGGGAUCACCUGGAAAUCCAGGAAAAAGGAAGAUACACGCAUGAAGACAACUUGAUCGAGGUCGACGACCCCAAGAACGAAAGCACAAUCAAUCUGAAGGAUGUUGAGUGCCCUCUCCCUCCAGGGUUAUGGCGGAAGGGGGUGGAUUCGCCGAAAUCUAAGGGCAUCUUCCUCAGGUUCGCUACUAGGAAUGAUAAGAAGCAACCGAGGGCUGAGAAGAUGAGUGAAUACUACAAGAAAUAUGGAAAUCCCAAUUUUGGAGGAAUGAGGGGAAUACUAACAGAAUCCCGAAAGAGGCAAUACAAACAAAUAAGAACUGUGAAACCCCGAAGAUCGAGUGAAACCUCAGAAAAUGAUGAGAAGGAGAGAGGGAAGAACCCCUGGGGGGAGUUGUCUGAGAACUGGGGUGCACAUGAGGAUGUGGAGGACAACUACAUAAGGAGAGGGUUCUCAGAGCGGCCGGAACGAGGGAAUGUGAAGGAGAGACUGGGGUUGAAGCCAACGAAAGAAAUCGAGAGGAGAGAGGUGGUGGUGGAGGUGAGUUCCUCCGAGGAUUCAGGGAGCAAUGACAGUGAGGAGGAGUGGGCGAAGCGCAGCAAGAUCCCCAGGAUGAGGAUGCACGCCGAUGACGAGGAGGAGAAGGUGAAGAAGAAGAAACUCAAAGAGUUGACCAGAAAGAAGCAGGAGGAAAGCGCAGACUUGAGAUCGCGCCUAGGACGAAGGAAACCCCCUCCGAUUUAUCGAGAGGACAUUCAAGUGAUUGUGACAAACACCCCGGAGAAAUACAGAUCGAGAAGAACUGUAGAAGAAGAAGAGGAAGAAGAAGAGGAAGUGGAGGAGGUCGAGGAAGACGAGGUGGAGGACUCUGAGAAGGAGGAAGGGGAGUGGGAGGAGGUGGAGGGGCCAUUCGAGGAGGAAGACGAGUCAGAGUCCAGCAGCAGUGACAGUGACAUCUCCGAGAAGGAGAUCCAGGGGCCAAAGGGGAGUGUAAUUAAGGUCGUUCCAAGGUACAAGCCCAGGGUGGCCUCCACUGUCUGGGCGAGGCUCAAUGUCAAGGGUCAGAGUGAUAAUUCACAGGCCGAUAGUGGAAAUUCCAGAAAAUUAAAAGCAGAUUUGAGAUCUCGACUGGGCCAUCAAAAACGAGAGAGAUCUCCACUGAGAAUAGAAGUGAAAAAUGAGAAAUAUAAGCGGAGAGAUGACGCUGUAUAAAUUUUUAUAAAAAUUUUUCCAAUCACAAAGAAAAGAUACUACAUUUAAAGAAAGUUAAAAUCAUGCUGAGAGAGAUUUUUUCACGAGUAAUUAACGAAAUGAGGAAAAUGGUGAUGACGAUGAAAGCACAAUAAAAGAGAUGAGUAUUGAAUGAAAA